AUGCAGAAACUUGUGCUUGAUCGCAUCCACGAAGGACACCAAGGCAUCACGAAAUGCCAACUUCGAGCCAAGGACUGUUUAUACUGGACUUCAAUCAACAGGGACAUUGAAUACCUAGUCCAGCAGUGUUCCAUAUGCCAAGAAACGUCAAGGUCACAUACAAAGGAAACCCUCAUCCCGCAUGAACUUCCUACACAACCAUGGCAGUAUGUCGGAACAGAUCUUUUCCAUUAUGGAGGAAAUGAUUACCUGAUUAUAGCUGGCUACUACUCAAAGUUUCCAGUUAUCAGGAAAAUGCCCAUGCAUGUCACAAGCCAAGCUGUGAUCAAGGGAUUGAAGAACUUGUUUUCUGAGUACAGAGUUCCUGAAAAAGUAUAUAGUGAUAAUGGACGCCAAUAUAGCUCAGAAGAAUUUGCAAUGUUCGCUUCGAACUGGGAGUUUGAACAUAUAACAAGCUCACACCACUAUCCUCAGUCAAAUAGAUUCAUUGAAAGAAUUAUCCAGACUGUUAAAAACAUCAUCGACAAGGCAAAAAGAAGCAACAAGGAUCCAGAAAUGGCAUUAUUAACCCUACGUACCACACCACUGGAUAGCAAGUUGCCAAGCCCAGCAGAACUUCUGAUCGGGAGGAAGAUGAGGAGUAACCUACCCCUUCACCUGCCUACAAAGGAAGGGCAAAAGCAAGAUGUCUAUGAAAGCUUCAAGAGGAAGCAAGACGCACAGAAGCAGUAUUACGACCGAGGAGCAAAAGACCAGCCAACACUCCUAGCAGGCCAAGCUGUUCGAGUUCAAGACCACAUUACUGGAAGAUGGAUACAGUCCUGGAGAAAUCCCAAGAACCUCGAUCAUACAUAG